UGGGUUUUGGAUUUCGAAAAAACAAAGCUUUAUUUAUAGGCCUCUCUUUUCCAUUUCCCCCUCUUUCUCUCUCCCUUUAAUCAAUUCACCUGACACCAAGAUCAGUAGCUCGCUCGCACCUCUUUUCGCAGAUCUCUUCGUAUCUCCUUUUCCGAUAAUAGGUAUUUACUCAUUGGAAAGGCUUCCAAUAUUUUCUCUCAUAACCUUUCCGAAGAAAAGGAUAAGGGAAGCUGCUGUACAACCAGGGAAAAAAAAAUCUGCAUGACAUCUUGACAUUUCUGCAAUGUCAGGGUUACCCAACGUAUUUAUCUUUCUUAGUAAAAUUUAUUUUAUACUGAUAUUUCAGUUCUGUUCUUGUAUUCAUGGUUUUGGGGAAGAUUGUUCUUUUUUAGUUGGCCUCUUUUCUGUUCACUUUCCUUUUCAUGGAAGGAGGACUAGGUGCUGAUAUUGUACGAGAAGAUGGUCGAUGCUGUCUUCUCUAAACGGAUCAGCUUCAAAUCUUUCUGACAACACCGGUCGCUCAUUUCCGUCAACUUUCCCUCCUCAAUCUGGUGCGGCCUCCCCUCUUUAUCAUCACUCUGGAAGUAUUCAGGGGCUGCAUAACAUUCAUGGGAGUUUCAACCUUCCGAACAUGCACAGCACACUUGGGUCAAGAAACACAGCAAUAAAUAACGUCCCCUCCAGUGGUGUCCAGCAAUCUGGGAAUAACCUUUCUGGUGGUCGUUUUUCAUCAAACAAUCUUGCGCCUGCCCUUUCGCAGAUAUCCCAAGGCAAUUCGCACGGUCAUUCUGGAAUGACAAGUAGAGGUGGUAUGGGUGUUGUUGGUAAUGCGGGAUAUAGCAAUAAUGCUAGUGGUGUAGGAGGUUCUAUUCCUGGGAUUCUCCCAACCUCUGCAGGAAUUGGUAAUCGAAGUUCUGUGCCAGGUCUUGGAGUGUCCCAAAUUUUGGGAAAUGCAGGCCCAAGGAUGACAAACUCAGUUGGAAAUAUUGUUGGUGGGGGCAACAUUGGCAGAAGCAUUAGCUCUGGUGCAGGAUUGUCUGUGCCUGGUCUUGCUUCACGGUUAAAUAUGAACGCCAAUGCCGGUUCUGGAAAUUUAAAUGUUCAAGGACCUAAUAGGAUGAUGAGUGGUGUUCUUCAGCAAGCCUCUCCGCAGGUACUUUCUAUGUUAGGAAAUUCCUAUCCCUCUGGUGGUCCACUAUCACAAAACCACGUCCAAGCAAUGGGACACCUUAAUUCUUUGGGAUUGUUGAAUGAUGUAAAUACGAAUGAUGGAUCUCCUUUUGAUAUCAAUGAUUUCCCUCAGUUAAGCAGUCGACCUAGUUCGGCUGGAGGACCUCAAGGGCAAUUGGGUUCUUUGCGGAAACAAGGGAUCAGUCCUAUUGUUCAGCAAAACCAGGAAUUCAGCAUUCAAAAUGAAGAUUUUCCUGCUUUACCAGGAUUUAAAGGUGGAAAUGCUGAUUAUGCUAUGGAUCCUCACCAGAAAGAGCAGCUUCAUGAUAAUGCUCUUUCUAUGAUGCAGCAGCAACACUUCUCAAUGGGAAGAUCCGCAGGUUUUAAUUUGGGUGGAACAUACUCAUCACAUCGUCCGCAGCAGCAGCUGCAACAUGCUCCAUCUGUUAGUAGUAGUGGUGUCUCCUUUUCAAAUAUGAACAACCAGGAUCUACUGAGUUUACAUGGUCCAGAUGUCUUCCAAUCAUCACACUCCAGUUAUCAUCAACAGAGUGGCGGACCUCCUGGUAUUGGAUUACGGCCUCUUAAUUCUUCAAGUAUUGUUUCUGGUGUUGGAACAUAUGAUCAGCUCAUUCAGCAGUACAACCAACAGAAUCAGGGUCAACCCCAAUUCAGGUUGCAACAAAUGUCCACUUUAGGUCAGCCAUACAGGGAUCAGAGCUUAAAGUCCAUGCAAUCCCAAGUUGCUCCUGACCCGUUUGGCAUGCUUGGUUUGCUAAGUGUAAUACGGAUGAGUGAUCCUGAUUUGACCUCUCUUGCACUUGGAAUUGAUCUAACAACACUUGGGUUGAAUUUGAACUCUGCUGAAAAUUUGUACAAGACUUUUGGUUCCCCAUGGUCCGAUGAGCCUGCCAAAGGGGAUCCAGAAUUUACUGCACCCCAAUGUUAUUAUGCAAAGCAGCCACCAACUUUAAGUCAAGCAUACUUCUCGAAGUUUCAGCUAGAUACUUUAUUUUACAUUUUUUACAGCAUGCCGAAAGAUGAAGCGCAACUGUAUGCUGCAAAUGAACUGUAUAACCGCGGUUGGUUUUAUCACAGAGAACAUCGGUUGUGGUUUAUGAGGGUUGCCAACAUGGAGCCUCUUGUCAAGACGAAUGCAUAUGAGAGAGGGUCUUACAUUUGUUUUGAUCCAAACACAUGGGAGACGAUCCGUAAGGAUAAUUUUGUCCUCCACUAUGAAAUGCUGGAAAAAAGACCUGCUUUACCUCAACACUAAUUUUGAGCGCCAGUUCAUAAGUGUACAUUUUCAACAACUUCCUUAAUAUCUAGGAGCCAGGUAGCCCCUGUAGUUUCUGCUCAAGCGGGCUGUUGGCAGCAAUUGUUAAAAUUAGAGUUGUCCUAGUCAUUUAUUUUACCUGUAUCUUUUAGACGUCGCAGGUCAGAAAGAAAUGUAUUCUCAGAAUUUCAUUGGUAUAUUCGAAGAGAUGUUUCAUAUUGAUUUCAUGUGGAA